AUGGAUUCCUAUAAUUUCCACUUUGAGAGAAUGAGCAACCUGGACCUGCACCCUCUGAGCCUACCAUUGAGUCGGCUCUCCCCAGCCAAGUCCACCAGCAGCAUCGACCAGAUCACCCACCACCACGGCAAGGGCGACUCUGCCUACAGCUCCUUCUCUGGGGGCUCCAGCGCCCCAGAAUACCCGUCCCCCCUGCUUUCAGACGACCUCCAGCACCACAGCCUGCACUACGCCGACCUGAAGUAUGUGAAGGCCAUCUACCACCCCAACGUCCUCGACUCUGACGCCAAGAGCAUGGAUCAGCUCUACCGCUCGGUGGAGGCCAUCUCAAACCAGUACCGCUACAACGAUGGCUGCCUGAGUGCUGCACAGUACUGUAAUCAGAAUCAGGAAACGCUGCCGCCCCCUCCACCCCUGCCGCCUCCGCCCCCCGCCCGCCUGGACAGCUUCAUAGCCACCAGGAACUUGGAGAACUGCAGGGCACAGCACGGCCCCGAGGGCCAGCUGGCAGACAGGCCACCUCCACGGCCCCAGACAAAUAAUCCUGAUGCUGCCUGUCUCAAGCCUGACCUAGUCUAUGGCCGCCUGGCCUCACAGCCAUAUCACAGGGACCCAGUGGACCCUGACCACACGGAUAAUAACACUGAGCAACAAAAGUCAGCAAACAUCUUAAGCCGAUCACCCCCUCGCACGAGUCAGCCUGAGCACCCCAAACAGCAGUCCGGUAGCAGCGAUGGCGGGCACUCGGAGGGUCAGCGCAAGAGGGCGCACUUGGCCCACGGCUCCCUCAUACCGGAGCAGCAGCGGUCCGCCAGUCCCUGGCAUGUGGCACAGAACAUGGUCAACAGCAGCAUCCAGCACAAGGGCCAGUUCUACUUCGUUACAGGUGUUUGUAAGUCAUCAGAGUCCCGUCUGAAGCAUGGCUCUCUGUGUGUGCCAGAGGUAGGCAGUGAGAGCCCUGUGCCAGCGCCCGUGGAGACCCACAGGCUGGUGGAGAGGGAGAGUUCACACAGCACCAUGGACAACAUGUUCAGGAACAAACAGAGGCACCACAGCACCCAUGAUACCGCAACAACCGACAACAGGGAGUUUUACACCAAGGGUCAAGAUGAGGAAAAACAGACUCGGAGUAGAAUUUCAUACAGUCCCUCUCACAUUUCAAACCAGGGCUCCCGCAGUUUCGAUGCUUUAGAGCAAGGUCACAAGGUCCAGAGCAGAGAGAUCGGCAGGCAUCACAGCCCCAACCACCCCAUCUUCUACUGCGGCCCAGAGGAGAACUGUCUGCCAUUAUCAAACUUCCACAACCAGGUAGUCCCUCCUCCAAUCAGCAUGGAGCAGGCCAACCACCACAAGAGAGACAAACAGGUCAAGAGCGGGAGGAGGCAGCCGUUAGGAGACGUUGCCAGCGAAAAGAUCAACAAGGAAACCACCCCGCUUCUGUACCACCUCACUGGAGCCAACAGGGCGGCGCUGAAUUUGCACAAGCCCAAAAAGGACAUUGAGGUCAGUGUGAAAGGUAAAGAUGCAGGCCUCAACACAGCCCCCGUUAGCUGUAGUGAUACGACACCACAGGGUGAAACAUCCAAGGAGGAGAGAGUGGAGGCUACCUCCCUCCCCUGCAACACUCUGGAUGACUCCUUCAAGAAGUACUACAAGGAAAAACUGAAGGACGCCCAGUCUAAGGUGCUCAGGGAGACCUCCUUUAAGAGGAGGGACCUGCAGCUGUCAUGGCCACACAGAGUGAGGCAGAGGCCUGAGCUCAGGCCCACAGUACUUCACACGGUCUCCUCUUCACAGGACUCUGAGACCUCAACAGAUACACUCACCUCCUCCCCAACACAUUCUGAGGGGACAGAUAAGGAGAACAUAAAGGAAACACUGAAGGAGGUUGAGAAAGCGAAAGAGAGCGUGGUGGUGAAGGACAGUGAAAAGGAAAACGGGAGACCAGCGAAUGUUGCCCAGCCUCAGGUGGCUCGAAUCAAGGGAAGGAGGCGUCUGACUCCAGAGCAGAAGAAGCUGUGCUACUCAGAGCCGGAGAAUCUGAACCAGCUGGGUGACACACCCUCCCACCACACAGCCUGCCGUUCCCUGGGCAACGAAAGUGAAGGAGGCCUGCUAGUGCUCUCAAGCGAGGAGGGGGAGCUGGGAGAACAGGGCCUGGUGGCAGCUAGGAGGAAGAUGUUUGAAACCAGAGGCAGGGCCCUGUCUGCUUCCAGCCUCUCCAAGACAUCCCUGAAGCACCUCCAGCACAAGGCCCUGGUGGCCUACAUGGAGCGCAAGACAGGACACAAGGUGGCUGAGUCCCAGCAGCUCACCCCUCAAGCCCCUCCAGCCUCUCAAGCCCCCAGCCAGAGGCACUCCACGGCUGGGAAGCCGUCUGACUGGGAUCCCAGGCCUCAGUCUGGGAAUAAAGAAGGCCCCAAGAAGAAGCCGCACAGGCCCCACUCCGCUGGCCGCAUCCUGGACUCAACCUCCAGCUCCAUAAGGUACUCCCAGUUCAGCUCCAGCUCCACCCAGGCCCGAGGUUAUUCCCAACAGGCCAGCUGGAGAAUGUCACCCAGCCCCUCUCAGGGGAAGUCUGCCUCUGUGGAGAGUCUUCUCGACCAGCCUGAACCACAUGAGUUCUUCAGAAAUCGCUCCACCUCAACGCCACACGCAUUUCAGGUAAGCCUCAUCAUCAUCAGAACACUUGAUAUUAUUGCAUUUACAAGAAUUGAAUGGUAUUUUUAGAACUUCAUAGAAUUCUAUAGAGGCCCAUAUCACUUUACUGAAUGUACCACAAUAAAUGUUCAAAGGGUGUUAUUAAUGUUGAUUAUUGGUAUGUGUUUGGCUACAGGGUCACAACUACAUGAAUGAUCCAAUACCAGUUAAUACUAUGGACACUUCCAGGUAUGUUGCCCUCACUAGUCUAUUGUUAAAGUGGGAGUAUCUGUGCCUGUAAGAUUUACUGUAAACCAUGUGUGUUGUACAUGCUUGCUCAAACUUUACUGUGGUAUUGAAAGUGAACACACAUACAGUGCCUUCAGAAAGUAUUCACACCCCUUGACUUUUUCCACAUUUUGUUGUUACAGCCUGAAUUUAAAAUGGAUUCAAUUGAGAUUUUGUGUCACUGGCCUACGCACAAUACCCCAUAAUAUCGAAGUGGAAUUAAUGUUUUUAAUGCCCGACCUCACUAAUGCUCUUGUGGCUGAAUGAAAGCAAGUCCCUGCAGCAAUGUUCCAACAUCUAGUGAAAAGCCUUCCCAGAGGAGUGGAGGCUGUUAUAGAUGCAAAAGGGGGACUAACUCCAUAUUAAUGCCCAUGAUUUUGGAAUGAGAUGUUCAAUGAGCAGGUGUCCACAUACUUUUGCCGUGUAAGUUCAAGUCGCAUAAUAAGUUACAUGGACUCACUCUGUGUGCAAUAAUGGUGAUUAAUAUGAUUUUUGAAUGACUACCUCAUCUCUGUACCCCACACAUACAAUUAUCUUUAAGGUCCCUCAGUUGAGCAGUGAAUUUCAUACACAGAUUCAACCACAAAGACCAGGGAGGUUUUCCAAUGCCUCGCAAAGAAUGGCACCUAUUGGUAGAUGGGUAAAAAAAAAAAAACUGACAUUGAAUAUCCCUUUGAGCAUGGAGAAGUUAUUAGUUACACUUUGGAUGGUGUAUCAAUACACCCAGUCACUACAAAGAUACAGGCGUCCUUCCUAACUCAGUUGCCGGAGAGGAAAGAAAACUGCUCAGGGAUUUCACCAUGAUGCCAAUGGUGACUUUAAAACAGUUACAGAGUUUAAUGGCUGUGAUAGGAGAAAACUGAGGAUGGAUCAACAACAUUGUAGUUACUCCACAAUACUAACCUAAGUGAUAUAGUGAAUAGAAGGAAGCCUGUACAGAAUUUUAAAAAAUAUUCCAAAACAUGCAUCCUGUUUGCAACAAGGCACUAAAGUAGAACUGCAAAAACAUUGGCAAAGAAAUGAACUGUCCUAAAUAGAAAGUGUUAUGUUUGGGGCAAAUCCAACACAUCACUGAGUACCACUCUUCAUAUUUUCAAGCAUGGUGAUGGCUGCAUCAUGUUAUGGGUAUGUUUGUCACAGUCAAAAUCCUAGAGGAAAACCUGGUUGUCUGCUUUCCAACAGACACUGGGAGACAAAUUCACCUUUCAGCAGGACAAUAACCUAAAACACAAGGCCAAAUAUACACUGGAGUUGCUUACCCAGACGACAUUGAAUGUUCCUGAGUGGCCUAGUUACAGUUUUGAAAAUCUAUGGCAAGACUUGAAAAUGGCUGUCUAGCAAUGAUCAACAACCAACUUGACAGAGCUUGAAGAAUAAAAAAAUAUAUAUAAAUGUGCAAAUAUUGUACAAUCCAGGUGUGCAAAGCUCUUAGACUUAACCUGAAAGGCUCACAGCUGUAAUCGCUGCCAAAGGUGAUUCUAACAUGUAUUAACUCAGGGGUGUGAAUACUUAUGUAAAUGAGAUAUUACAGUAUUUCAUUUUCAAUCAAAUGUAAAAAAUGUCUAAAAACAUGUUUUCACUUUGUCAUUAUGGGGUAUUGUGUGUAGAUGGGUGGAAAAAAAAAUAUAUUGAAUCAAUUUUUAAUUCAGGCUUUAACACAACCAAAUGUGGAAUAAGUCAAGGGGUAUGAAUACUUUCUGAAGGCACUGUAUACCAUGCCAACAUUCCAUUCUGAGAAGUAUAUAGACAUAACAUCAAGGUAGAAACAUUAAACCUACAUUACAACUAUAUUCAGGGAGUCUUUUUCAAAACGAGUGUUUUUUAAUCAGCUAUGAUUAGGGUAAGAUAAGGACAUACCAUAUCUGAGAGGAACCAGGCACGUAAGUCUCCAAAGCAUCUCAAUCUCAUCACAAUCUCUGUGCUAUUUUUCAGUGCUCAGACUCAGAGGCCAGUGGAUGAGGAGAUGGUGGUAAUGAGGAGAUGCCAGGCCAUGUCGGUCCCUGAGGGUCAGCGGGUCCGGGUGGUGGCCCAGCGGGGGAAGUCCAUGGAGGAGCUGGGUGUGUCCCAGGUCAGCCGCUCCCUGGUCCUCAAUAAGAGCUCUGAGCAUCUGGACCAGCUCCGCAGUAGGCAGAGAGGCCCAGGACCAGGCCAGGAGAAGAGGAUCGUCUCAAAAUUCGGCGAGGGCCAGGAGAAAGCCCAGGGGCAGACCAAGAGGAAGUCCCUCUUCAAGCAGGAAUCUGCUCCACAGCUGGGCAGUGAGGAAGACAGAGGGGAGAUGACUAAAAGCACCAGGGAGUCUAGUGAGUCUGUCUCCCCAGCAUGGAGAACCUCGUCUCGGGUCAGGACUCGCUCAGAUGGCUCCCCUAGAUCAUAUGACUUUGGCCCCCUCGUUAAAGAUGAAAUAGAGACCACUGUGCUCUCCUGCGACGUCCUACUCCCACCGUCCCAUAAGGGUCAGGAGUCCAGUGAGAGAGAGGUCAAGUCUACCUCAACUUCUCCCUCCAUACCCAUCCAUCCCAGGGGCACUGGCGAGAGCAAGACUGGCUCCAGGUAUGUGACCAUAAAAUGAUAAAGUGACCCUUGCUCUGCAUACGACAUUCUCAUCAUUAAAUCAAUGUUACUGUAUAAAUGGCUAUAAAUGGCUAUUUUUCACUGUUGAUAUUAUUUUGAUAAUUCCAUUUUCUAAUGUCUUUCUCAUUCCAGCAGAGUGAAGACCGCCCCUCCUUUACAACACUCUGUGGAGAGAGAGCAGUCAGUGGACGAGCCCAGUGAGAGUCAGGAAGUCUCCCUGAGCUGUGGAGUCACCACAGACCCCACUCUGUGGAUCAUACCACCUGAACCAGGGAGCAAAGACAAGGGCGAGGACCCAGCCCUUUCUGAUAAUCUGACAGAGGGAGAAACUCCAACUCUAGCCCCUGCUCCAGCAGCUAGUGAGCCCCUUACAACUUCCUCCACCACGCCAGUCCCUGACACUGACACCUGCCAGAGCGGGGAGGGCGAGCAACCAGAGGAAGAAAAGGAAACCGAGGCAGUGGAGGGGGUGACCCCAGCAGGCGAGACAGAGAGCCCAGAAAAGACACCAACCACCGAGGAGCCAAAGUGGGAGGAGCUGGUGGAGGAGGUGGUCACAGCGGACCAAUCGCUGGCUCGGGUGCUGUACCCGUUGACCAAUCGUAAGACGGCGCUGAUGCUAAUGGAGCAUCUACUGUCAGAGGACACUCUGCUGAUGGAGGAGCACUAUAAGAAGAAGCAGGAGCAGAGAGACGCUGCAGACAGGUGACCAUCCAUCUCAUUAUUAGACACAUUAUACUGUACAGGUUCAUUAUACCCUGGAUCCGCAGGUGCCAUGUUACCUGCUGUUACGUCAACGCACCUGGAUAUCUGCUUACAAAUUGCAGUUAGAUUAAGAGACACGUGUAAAAGACAAACACAUGACUAAAGACCUAUGAACAUUUUUCCAAGGUUAAUCUCAUCCAAAUACUCACUAUCAUCAUUACCGUGUGUGUCUUUUUCUCUCCCUCUGCCUGAAGCUCUGAAACAGUGGAUGAUGCUGAAGCACCUCCCACAUCUCCUGAUGAUGAUCAAAUCCAACCAGAGCCACUGAGCAAGACGGAUGUCACUGAGAAGAAGGUCAUUAUUGCUUUUCAGCUCUGCAUUACGGGUUUUUGUAAUCGAAGUGGAUUUACUUUAUCUCUGCCAGUUGAUGAUGUCAUCUUAAUAUCAUCUGGAUGCAGUUUAACUAGGUUUGGCAUUGUAAUGUAGACGCAGGGAGUCAGGAAACAAGUGCAGUGACAGAACAGAGUGCUAGAUAAAUGGUUAGUAAUCAAGGUAGUAAUGAAGUCCAGGUGUGACUGAUGAUGGGGCGCAGGUGUGCGUAAUGAUGGUUGCCAGGUGUGCAUAAUGAUGGGUUGCCAGGACCGGUGGUUAGUAAACCGGUGACGUCAAGCGCCGGAGCAGGGGAGCGGGAGUAGACGAGACAGGCUUCACCUGAUAAAGUCUGACCUGAUUAUUGAGAUGCCAGAUAAACUGUCAGACUCUUAUCUUAUCUUCUGUUUGUUUUGAGCUGACCAUGAAAAGCCCCCAAGCACAAUGUCAUGUAUAAUGUUCUCUCUCAAACUCACCAAUUCCCUCCCCUUCUACAGAGGCUGCUGGUGGCGUGUAUUGAGGAGCGCCUGCAGGCCUUGGAGGAGCCCUGUGGUGCCCUGCAGGUGGAGAUGCAUGAGAAUGGGGUGCGGGGCGAGGCCGUGGAGGCCCUGGUUCGGGAGCGAUGUACGCCCGUGGAGCUGGAGCGCUACGGCCUGUUCAUCGGAGACCUGGAGCGUGUGGUCAGCCUGCUGCUGUGUCUGUCCUCUCGGCUGGCACGCGUGCAGAACGCCCUGAGGACCGUGGACCAGCACACAGACGAAGAGGAGAAGGUGAGAGAGACUGAAACUGUAGUGAUGCGAUCAUGCUUUCAACCACUCAUAGGCCCGAUGCUUACUUGGGAUCAAACAUUUAACGUGCAAACAUGCUGGUUGAAAAAAGCACCUUAUCGGAGCAAUUGUGAGAAAUUGAGAGGGAUUAUUGAUGUUGUAUUACCAUGUAAUUAUUUAUUAAUUGAUUGCCUUUAUUAGGUUUUGUAAUGAACAUGUUUACAGUGUUUCUCAGCUGGAUAUGCCAUGUACUCUUCAGUCAAUUCCUAAUAAGAUGUUAUGAUUAGACUGCAGCGUAUAUCACCUGAUGUCAUGUGAUUCCCCUCUGAUUAUCUCCACAGUAGUUUCUUGCUAAACUAGAACAUUUAAUGUUCUAGUUUUGUGUGCUUCAAAUUUGCUUAAGUACCCAUGCUAAAUUCUUAUGUUUUAUUGUUUCCCUGGAUCUUCAUAUUUGUAUUCAAUAUGAAGAUAUUGAAUACAUAGUUGAAAUAUUUAUAUGAAUUUCACAUUGACAGCCCUUUGUAUUGAGUGUGUUUUAGUGCCUUGUGUUUUCUGCUGCUAUCAGCAGUGCUGGUAUUUACAAUGAGUCACCGAAACUCCAAACCAGUUUCGAUGCAAAUUUCUAUCUGCCCUGCCCUCUGUUGACAAAAAGAAAUACUGCACCGCUUUACUGUGCAACAUGAGCUUACUUGACUAGCAGUUUCUCCAUAGCAGCUGACAACAAAAUGCCUUUCCAUAAACACUACUAGUACACAUUGGAUAAUGAUGAAACAUUUAGGGAAUGUUGUGAUUAAUUUCAUCCAACCUUUUUUAAUCUCUUGGCAGGAUUCUCUGGACAACCGUCACCGUCUGCUGUGCAAGCAGUGGGAGGACGCCAAAGACCUGAAGGACAACCUGGACAGACGGGAGCGGAUGGUGUCUAACUUCCUGUCUCGCUGCCUGACGGCCGAGCAGCUCCAGGACUACCAGCACUUCGUCCAGACCAAGGCCUCGCUCCUCAUCAGGAUGAAGGACCUGGAUGAGAGGCAGCGUCUGGGGGAAGAGCAGCUAGAGUCUCUGCUCAACACCCUCCCUCCCUGGGGACCACCAUCAGGCCCCUAUCCUACUCUCUCGUCUCCCCCAGCUGUCCAUCACCUCUCUGGGCUUACAGAGCCCUGAAUUCCCUCUGCUUCAUCCAUCCUGGGCUGUCACUAGCCAGCAAAAUCACAUGGAUG